AUGUCCUUUUGCACUUUAAUUGUUCGGGUUCCUCCGUCGACCAACGCCUACGUGUUGAAAUUGGAAAAAGAUUUAUGUGUCUCAGACCUGUGCUGCGAAAUUCGGCUCCAAAUACCAGAGGCUAAAGUCAACAAUCAUUAUGGAAUUUUCGUUCCUGAUCCUGAUCCGAAGCAUUCUUCCUGGCUGGACAACUCACGGAUGUUGUCAUAUUAUCACUUCCGUGAUAAUUUCGAGGUUGAAUACCGGAAUAAAUUGCGCCUUUUGGUAAUACAGACGAUGGAUGGUACCCGGAAGGUACUGCAGGUGGAUGAUAGCAAAACGGUGGCAGAGCUCAUGGACCGAAUAUGUUCGAAAAUGGGUAUCACCAAUCAUGAAGAGUAUUCACUCGUCCGACCAAUGACUGAGGAAGAAAGAAUGCGUACACUAACUCUGCGUAAACAUAAAGGUGGUGCUCGGGACCAGGAAAAAUUGGAGAAAAUGAAACAGAAGUUGCACACGGAUGAUGAGCUGAAUUGGUUAUCGCACGGGAAAUCGUUACGUCAACACGGCGUGGAUGAGUCGGAGGUCCUUUUCCUUAGACGGAAAUAUUUCUUCUCCGAUCAGAACGUGGACACUAGGGAUCCAGUCCAACUGAAUCUGUUGUACAUUCAGCUUAAAGAAGCGAUUUUGAAUGGUACGCAUCCGAUUUCUCUAGAACAAUCCAUCAAAUUGGCUGCACUUCAGUGCCAGUCCGAGAUAGGCGUCUACACUCCGGAAAAAGCAAAACAUCAUUUGAUCGACCUAAGAGAACAUCUACCAAGUGAAUAUAGAAAAGUCAAGGGCGUGGAGAAACGCAUUCAAGAGGCUCACAAAAAGCUCCGGGAUUUCGACGAAAGGGAGGCCCAGCUACAGUACAUUCAACUAUGUCGCUCGCUACCCACCUAUGGUAUAACAUUUUUCCUGAUCAAGGAGAAACUGAAAGGUCGGAACAAGUUGGUACCUCGACUAUUUGGGGUGAGCAAGGAGAGUGUGAUGAGGGUGGACGAGAAUACAAAAGAUAUUUUGGAAACAUGGCCACUCACCCGAAUACGUAGAUGGGCUGCUGGACCGAAUUUGUUCACACUGGACUUUGGUCAAUAUCAUCCAGAUGGAAAUUACGCCAUGCAAACGACUGAGGGUGAACAGAUUGGUCAACUAAUUUCUGGUUACAUCGAUAUUAUCUUACGCCGCCAAAAGGGUCGUCAAGCUGCCAUGAUGGAUGGGGAUGAGGAGAGUACAAUUGUAGAGGAGAAUGUCGAACCGUCUAGAGCAAAUGUGAUUUCGAAUGUUAAUGGUACUCUAUCCCGAGGGCAUCGGAUAAACGAGGCCAACGUCGCACAUACUGGCAAUCUGCACGCCAUAAGUCGGCGUGGUGACUACUCUGAGGGUCAUGUGGCUACACGUGGCCAAGCUGUGAUCGCCCAGCACGUUGCUGGUGGCGACAUUGGAUCCGGUCGAAUUGUCAAUCGGAAUGGUAUCAGCAGUAGCGACAUAGAUGGGAAUCCUCGUCAAGCGUUUCAGGUUAUCGAUUUGGACCAACCGAAAAGGGCGCUGCGUUCUCGCGUUGACCUUGGCCUCCGUACCAUCAAAGAGGCGGCAGAAGAGUUGGACACACCCAUUUAUACUGACGACGAUGCCAUUCGGGGUGAUGAUGCGACGACCAAGCGAUGGCGAGUGGAGGCCUUGGAACAGGCGCGAAAUGGUGUAUGGAGCCACUUGGGUGCAAUGACAAUGGCUACGGGACAACUCAUUUCCUGUCUUCAGACCACUGCACAAACGCCACCGUCUGGAGGGCCAAAUGUUGAGUUUGAUUAUACCAACAUGGAUGCCUCGUUAGCGUCGAUUGGAAUGAACGUACACGGCCUGAUGCAGUGUGUUCGUCUGUAUGAUCAGAUUGAUUUGGCCAACAGCGACGGAGUAGAUGAACAUGUUAGUGGAUUAAAAGAAGCAGCGCAAGCGUUGUCCGAUGCAUUUCUCGAACUAAUGCGUGCCACAGUACCCACGGCUCGGUCAGAGGGUGAUUUAGAUAAGGCAUCAUCUUUGAGUUGGUCAUCUAAUUCGCUUGCUGAACAACCCCGUUCUGGACCAGACCGUGUUGCACUACUGGAAGCAGCUAGUCGUGUGGGUGACGCGAGUCGUCAACUCCUGCUUUUGAUUUCUCAACCGCACGCGAUGAAUGCUCAUGUGGAAUCAGUUGACGUGCAAGGCAAUGGCCACAUCGCCUCCCCUCAGGCUGUAACCAAUCGAAUGGCCCAACUAGUUAAGACUGCCAAGCAGGGUGCUUUGGAUAUUGGACAGGAGGCGGCAGAUUUGGCUGCCAAAGACCCAGCCAAAAUCUAUCCGGAUGCAAUUCCCAUUUUGCGUGCAACCCAAACUCGUCUGGUGCAUGCGGCCACUGCGGCUGGCAAGUGUGCAAGUAGGCUGGUCACAUGCGCGAAGGUGGUGGUAUGCACAAUGGAACAACCCGAGUCACAAGAUCAGCUGAUCUUCACCGCGAAAGAGGUUGCUAUGACUGCUGAUAAAGUUGCUAUGGCCACAGAGGAGUUAAUUCGUGCGUCCAACGAAAUUGUCGGCUCCAAUUCAACUCUACACGAAGCACACCUUCAGUUGAGCGACGAUCUUCACGAGGGUGUGAGUGAGGUUCAUUGUGGUCUGGAAGAACUAGUCAGUGGCUUACGAGAAACUUCCAUUCAGGGUCAUCAAGAUCCAACCGUAUCGGAUUUUCUUUCUGUGGCCCGCCAACUACCGAGCAGCGUUGGAGAUGGGAUCAACUUGAUCAAAAAGGCGACAGCGCUAGCCACAGUCGCUUCCAAUCUGAUGAUGGACCUGCGUGCUGAAGCACAAGUUGAACACAGUCGAACUGGUAUGUCCUCAACCGAGGCAAAUCGCCGCGCAGAUAUGCUUGAAGUGGAGAUACGACGUCUUUUGGCCACUGCCCAGGAAUGCGCAGAUGGUAAUGCUCAGUCACUCGCACACCAGCAAGUGGUCAUUGCCGCAGCUGAACAACUGAUUCGCGCCGCUCAUGCGACGUCAGCACCGAUUAUUCGCGCGCGACUCACACAAGGCCUGGAAUUUGCCACACGAAUGACCGCUUCAAAUGUCGGACCAUUGGUCACUAUCGGAGGCGAGGUGAUACGAAUGUGUCCAGGAAACACACAUAAGCUUGCGGACAAUUUAGAGCAACUACAGAAACGCGUUAUGCCUCAAGUUAACUUAUCUUGUUCGGACGCACGUGAAGAACCAUACAACAAUCGCACACAAGCAAACCUGUUGACCGCAUCGCAGAACCUGAUGCAGUGUCUUGAAGAAUUGUUGCGAAUCACUGAUGCUGUGGUGCCAACCAUUCCCGAUCCUGGUAUUCAAAAUGCCUUCAGUGGUGCUGCAAGGAACACACAAGCCUGUCUUACUGACCUUCGGUUAUGUUACGGCAAUUCCGAACAGCUUCUAGGUUCUGAACCACCUGAGUUUGAGCCAGCACCUGUGAGUUCAGCCGAAGAGAAGUCGAACCAAGCAGCUGCUACUCGAGAUUCUGAACUUUGGCUCAACACCAUGUCGAAAUGCAAUCAGAGAAUAGAUAACCUCACCGCAGAACUACGUUCCAACACUUCCCGACUGCUUCCGGAUGAGUCUUUGGACUCGAUUUGUGUCGCUCUUUGUGAUUCGGUUACUCGUUUCAACGGAACUUUUCCACCCGUGGACUGCAGUCGGUUAGCCGAUGGGGACAGACAUGGUUGGUCCAAGUUACCCUCUUUCAUAGAGCGUGUCAUUCAAGCCGGGAGUAAGCAUGAUCUGAACCAAACGGCAUUCAUCGUGGCUGAACUCUUGGAGCGUGUGACACCAUUAAUCCAUGGUCUCCGAGGUCUUGUCGCUUUCCUCACCAUCGCAGCCAACGCUCGUUCACUGGAUCCCAACUUAGCUCGAGUCCUACUCGUUUCACAUGGAUUGUCGGCCAAAAGGCAAAGCAGCAUCUCGGGGUCUUCUGGACCUGUAGAUCACCUAACCUCAAGUGGCAGUCAAGAGGAGCAAGCUCAAGCAACUUGCGGGGCGAUGCUUGAACACCUGCUGUCCAUUGGAGAAACGUGUCUGAAUGAUACGCGUCAACUGGUUAACUGGGCGAUGCGACGACAGUCAAUCGAACCAGGAAGCGAAGAGACACGUCAGGCUGCAGUUUUGGCUGAACAGAUUGCCACUUCUGUGAAUGCGGUGUUGGGUUACGUCCCAGGUGAAGUAAUUGUCCGACGUCUAUUUGCCUUGUUGGAUGAUGUGAACCGUAACAUUCAAUGUGAACCACACGGUCGUGCCUUGGGUGGUCAGCUGACUGGACAUUCAGGAAGUUCAAAUGAGAUUGCCCCUGAAUUGCCACGGCGCCAAAUAUUCUCUCGUGAAUCGAGCGAAGACCUGUACACGAAACUGGCUACAGCAGCACGCCGUCUGGCCAGGGUUUGUCAGGAUUCCACAUCUGUCCUAUCAAAUGCAGCGAAAGCCACUGGUGAUCCACACCAAGUCGGGGGUGAUAGCCAACUUGUACAACUCGCAUAUACGGCCGAUCGUAUUACGACUAGUUUAGCGGAAGUCGUGCGUGCUGCCGGUGUGCGGGGCAUUCCUAUGGAGACCACUGGGAAUCUUCUAGAUGGGCUUACUCAGACCGGUUAUCCCGUUGCUGGUGGACUACGCUAUGCAAUGCGCACGCUAGAUACAGGAGGUCUACAAAGGCCCGUAGAGUAUGAUCAGUCGACGCCGGAAGUUUCACUCUAUACGGCAGUUUUACGACUGCAUGACUGGGCGUUGGAUUUGAGCCUCCAGGCGGAUACUAAAGCCACCACUGUCAGCCCACCGGAUGCCACAUUAGAUAGUUCCUGGGCGGCCGUAUCCGAUGCAGAUUCCGAACAGAAAGUUUCACACAUGCGAGGUCAGUGUGCAGUUGCCCUGCGACGAGUGAAAACCCAACUACGAAGAACUAGCUCGCAUGAUGUUGACGCUUCACGAACGACCUUAUGUCCUAUCCGUCUUCCUGUUAACGACCAAACAUAUCCUGAAUGUUUGAACAGCAUUUGUCAACUCAGUGAGAACAUGAAAACCUACGUGGAUUCAAUCCCACAGGCUGUGACCAAAAAUGAUACCGAUGCCUUUAGUGAUGCUGUGAAGGCAGUGGCACAAGCAACUUGUCAGUUGCUGCAAACAGCCAGUCAAGCGGCCUACCUGGUUGGGGCUGGUCAUCCUGCAUCGAAACCAGGACAUGCUGGUCGACUGGUCACUUCUGACCAGCUUGCAGUGUUGCAUGAUCAUAUCGCCGCGGUCCGAAAGGGGGCCAGCGAACUUGGACGGGCUGAGAGUCAGGCCACCCCCGAUGGACUGCCUUCGUUGGAGGCAAUGAAUAUUGCGACUAAUGUGGCACAGCGCGCCACCCAAUUGUGUCGUUCGACUCGUCCGCUUUUAUCCGACUGCAAAAGCGCAGCCGAGAAGAAAACGUUGGCCGAGUCCCUUGAACGAGUUGCGCGAUGUGCGGCAGUCGUGUUCAAAUCCACCCAAGCAGGUAACGAAGCUGAGCCUGACGUAAUAUUCACUCGACUGAAACAGAGCGCGACACAAUUAGAGGAGUCCGUCGAUCAGUAUGCGGAUGUGCUUUUUAGAGCGGCUGGUGGGUCGCCUUGUCAGUUAGCUGAGGAGGCCUUUCAAUCUCAAAUACCUAUUUUGGAUUCCCAUCAAACCAUCGCACAAAAUAGCUCCGAACUGCUGGAAAGUUCACACGGACUUGUGGGUGUGGAUUCGAAGGAAUUCGCUAAAGCCAAUGAUGAAUUUUCUGCCACUCGUCAGAGGCUGUAUGACUCCGUAGAUCAGUUGAAGGGACUGUUGCAGAAACUAACUCCAGGCAUCGACAUAUGUGCACGAGUACGCACUGAUAUAGUGACUCUUCUGUCCGAGUUGGACUCCGCUACUUUGGCCAUCACUUCAGGAACCGCUGGAGGUAGUGGUAAUUCAUUUGGAUCGAAGCGUGUCGAGACUUCACUUGGACUCAUUCGAUCUGGCCUACAACAAGUUGAGCAACAAUGUAUGGAUGCGGUGGACAACUGCCUCCACGGGCACUGGGAACUGCUGGCUCAUAAUAUUCGCGAGGCUGGUGCCUACUUGCCAAGUCUUGUCAGGGAAUGUGCGCAGUCUGCCACCGGCCUUACUCGCGCUUCGGAGCAAACUGGAUUGCUUACCCUUGCACGCACCGUACUGGAAGCGCUUCAACAAUUGAUUGAGUCUGUCAAUGACAACAUUCACAACCCAUCGUCCUCACAAGACGACUCUCGUUCUCACCUGAUGGACUACUCUGUUCGAGUUCGACAGGCCUGCAAAGAACUCCUCUCGUCCGUUGAUGCCAUGGCAAAAAUGCAUGGUGGCCUCUCAUGGCACAUUGAUUCAAUCAAUGCAGCUUGCGCCAAGCUGGACGACGUAACACCGGUUACAGUGAAUGGGACUUCUAAGAACACAUCCGAUCAAGCCGUAGUUCCCCUUCCCGUUAGUUUUGUGCAGGACCAUGCUCGUUUAGGUCAUCAGUCUCGGGCAUUGGCCGAAGCAGCAGUUCGUUUGACUCAAGUUGCUGCAACCAGUGACAGUUUUCGUGGUGACGAUAUGUCAGCUGUUUCGCAAUCCGUUGCCACAUUCGCUAAAUUGUUUAUCCAGAUGGCGGAAACCGUACAGUCAAUCGCUUCUGUCCUCUUCCAGCAAACCGAGGCUGAAGCUGGUUCAGCGCUGGCCCGUCGUCUUUGUCAAAUCACUCAGUCUCUUGGUGCGGCAUCGGCGGACUUUAUCCGUUCCCCCCUGCGUACCGAACAGUCCAAGUUGUUCAGUUUCAAACUAGACGAACUCAAGUCUGCCCUGCAAUCAUGUGCCCGUGGAGCGGACGCAUGCGGCACUGCUGCUACCAAUAUGGGACGCCUUGUUGCAGAUCUGGAUACGGCUGCCCUUUUCGCUCGCGCGGGCACUCUCGUUGACCCGGAAAGCGCCUCGUCACCAUCACCUUACAGCCCCACCGCUGCAAAAUAUGCUACGAUUGCAACGAAACAGUGUGCCUUCCAGUCUGCAAAGGAAGCUGUGAUGCAAGCAACCAAGGGUGUUGUCGAAGAUAUGCAAACACUUAUAGCAAAUUCUGCUGGUAAUCAGGAUGCGCUGUCUGUAUCGGCUCAGAACUGCCUACUACGCGCCACAGAACUUACUGAGGCCGUGAAGAGUGCUGCUUCGAGGGCUGCUAAUGUCCCUAUAGCUCCGGACAUCACCAACGAUGCAUGUGUGGAAAGUCAAGUGCAGCUUCUCAGUUGCGCGCGCGAUGUGGCCAAGUCACUUGUCCAGUUGCUUACUCAGGCAAAGGCAGUAACUGCCACCACCUACGCUAUGGAGGCGUGGGGCGAUACGAACGAGAACGCGAAACUUUCCCCUCUACUCAAAUCUCACCAGAAGGCGCUUAACGAAACUGCCGUUAGUGUGGUUGAGAAUAUCUCGGCCCUAACACGUUCCAUUCGGGCUUUGAGUGACCAGCUCAAUUUGGAUAAGCCGUCCACCUCCCCUCUACCUGCUACUACCAGUCCCACAACACCAACUCCGCCAACCUUACCUCCAAAGCGCGUCAGUCUUUCGAAAAUUCCCGCUGGCGACCGGCUUCCUCUCAAAGAGAAUGGUGGUGGUGGUGAAAAGUCCAAUGUCCAUGCUUGUUUGCAGUCAGUUAUCGGAGUCUUUACGCAGUUUGAAAAACGUUUAGCCUCCUGGUCCAUUGAACGCUGUUCGCUCAAGCGCCCAGUAACCGAUUAUGACUACGAAUCUGAGGAGGAGAAUGCUCUCGGUCGAACAACCAAACCACAGCAACUCAUCGCAGUGAGUCGGGAAAUCAAUCAGACUGCUAUUAAGGCCAGCGCUGCAGCCAGUUCAGGCAAGCUGUCGGAAAUCGCCUCAGUGGGUCAUCUGCUUCGCCGUACAGCCGAAGACUUGAUGCGAACCCUCCCUUCAGCCUGUCAGUCGGCCCUCACCUCGAUUCAAAACAUCCGAGGUCCUGACACUGACGGUGAUGAAAGAUCCACGGUCAAUGGAGACAGUGACACCGGGAUUGAUGAAGAUGGUGAAAUGACCGUAUCUAGUGUCGAGCGAGCAUGUCGCCGGGCUAUCGAGGGCACACAGAACACUAUUUCCGAGAUGAAACAAUUGACUGAGCACAUGGAGACGAGUUUGGACACCGGUGCUUCCAGUCCUGCCAGUGUUCAAGUAACUCUGGCUAUGCGUCGUCUGCGUGAAACGGUAAACGAAAUCGUGGAGGCUGCGAUGAAAUUCCCCGGCGGAAAAGAUACUUCAGCUCGCACUUCUCUGCUUCUCAUGACCAAUCAGAAUUAUCGUGCUGAGGUGGAGCGGAGUAUUGCUGCUGCCAAUGCAACCGCACCAGAUGUCGGGCCUUUCCCCCUACAGAAGGAAUUCAACGAGAUGGCGGGAGAUCUGGCCAAAAAAGUUCAACAAAUCGGUCAGUUACGGUCAAAGGUGAGCAACACCCAAGCGCCAUGUUUCGUUCGCAAACACACACAUAUAUAUAUAUAUAUAUAUAUAUAUAUAUAA